GGAAUCGCAGGUAACGUCACAUAAGAUUGUUUGCUUUGGGCGUUGAAAACGAUGAGUGCUUGACCUGCGGUGGCCGGCUAUUGCGCAUGUGGUGUGCAUUCUGACGUCAUUGUGCAAGGUGCAGCCGCGCCAGUAGCCGACUGGUUGCUUGUCAUCGUCAUGCCGGAGCUUGCUUUGGCACAGCCCGCGAUUCCAGAGGAACCGCAGCAGACGCCUCGUCGAGCUGACAUAUGGAAGCGCAACGAGAAGCUGGUGUACCUCACUAAUUUUCUCCACAUGACACUGUACACUAUGUGCUUCGGUGGGAUCUUUGAUAUUUUUCUCUACCAUCUUUCCCAAGAGCAACAGGACAUCUUCGCAGAUGCAAUUAGCGUUGGCGCUAACGCAUCGCCUCCCAUCUUUGAAGUGAACACGUACAGCAAUUUUGAAUUAACCUUCGCCAUUCGGCCGUCGCGGCAAGCGAGCUACCCUCCAACAUCCAAUUGCUCCACGGUAUACACCUGUGCCACCUCCAUUCUGCACGUCACAGAUGGCAGCGGGAACGGGGACUGCUGCAAGGUUGGAAAUCGAAUACCAUUCGCGUACUUUGCAAACGGAACGUCAGCCGUCAUGCUUUACAUUACAUUGCACAUCCCUUUGACUUCACAGACCCCUCCGCAUGUCAGCACCUAUCUCCGCAUUGCCAUGGACGCCGUUGGCCAGAACGAGACGCUAGACCGAAGGUCCUACGAUCAGCUGCAGCAUUGCUCCGCGCCGAAGGAGCUGCCGCUCCACGAGUGGACCAACAUCAAGCUGAAGGCCAGCGCUUACGGCAACUCCAAAGGCAAGAUCGAGCAUUCCGACGGCGGCAUGGUCAUGUUCAUCAACGAUGAGAAGGUGUGUGAGGUUCCUGGCACUGUUUACCACACGCUGCCAAGCCGCCAGAACGCCCGUCUCUUCCUCGGGUCACUGCAGAGCCCACCGAUGAGGUCUCACGACCUGCAUCUUCCGGCAGAGGCGGAAAUCAAAGACGUGAAGUAUGGAAAGCCUGCUUCGAACUUGUUCGUUGGUCUGGCCAAUAGUGCCCAAGGCAUUUUGUCCAUUCUGAUAAUGUAUCCGAUCGGUUGGAUUGGCGACAAGACCAACCGUUACCACUUGCUGCGCGGCAACGUGCUGGUCGCAGUCUUGUCAGGAGCGGCGAUGCUCGCUGCCGUGUACAGCUUGAGCUUACCCUUAUUAUUUACAGGGAUCUGCAUUUUUACUUGGUAUCAGCAGACCAUCUCUUCCACCAUCUACGCUUGCUUGGCCGACAACGUGAUCGGGGAGCGCCGGACGCGAGCUGGAGUGAACUACAAGACCUUCUCUGCGCUGGCGAUGUCCUUUGGCCCGGCGAUCCAACUCGUGGUGGUGCUUUGGGGUCCGACGGAGGACUCCUGGACGAUGUCUACCUUCGAGCUCUUGCUUCUCCCAGGAUGGCUGAUCCUUCCGCUCAUUGUCUUAUCAGUGUCCCUCAUGGUGCCCGUUGGAAAGGAGCUGAGCAGUAUCCCCAACACGGAUGAUGCACAGGACUGCCCACACAGUCCAAUCAGGAAGAGAAUCAGCGAGGCAUGGCUGGAACAGUGUGUCCUGGGCUCCCUGAAGCGCCGUUUCGUGGUACCCCUCCUCGUCAAUGUGUUUUUCAUUGCGACCCUUCUGGCCAAUGGCAUGACGGUGAGGUACUUCAGCCUGUACUUCACCCAGGUUUUGAGGUUCAGCCCAGCGCAGCUCUGCAUCCUGAACGCGGUGUGCAGGCUCUUUAUCGCGGGCUUCGCUCAGCUAGGGAAGCCGUUGUCAGUUCUGCUGGGCCGCUGCAACCUGGCUGUGGUGCUGCACAUUGGCUCGGCGAUCGCCACGCUGGGGAUCUACGGGGGCGGCUUCUUCAAGCCCUCUGUGCUGGUGGCGUGUGCGUGUUACCUCCUGCGCUUCGCUUGCCUGCAUGCUCGCGACCCGGUGCUGUACUCCAUCACCAUGGACUGCGUGCCACAGAGCCAGCGAAGUCGGUGGGCAGCCCUCAACUCGCUGCGGACCUUGUCCUUCAGCGCCUCUGCGGUGCUGGGUGGCUUUCUGGCCGACAGACACGGCUAUGAGUACUCUUUCAACGUCACCAUCGUUUCAUUGCUGGCUUGCACGGUCAUCAUGCUGCCGGCUGUGCUGUGGUUCCCGAAGCAGGAGGGAACCAACUACGAGGAGAGCGUUGGUCAGGCCAUGCAGGAAGAUGCAUUGAUCUCUGAAAGACGAGCCGUUGGUGAAGUGCAAAGUGCGCCGUCCAGGCCACUCUGAGCAUAGAAUGUCGGGAAACGCAUCCCGGCGGUUCCUCGCAUUUCGGCGAUUCCAAGUUGCCCGGCGGAUGCUGUGCCGUGAGGUUGGAUGUUUUCUUCUGGUCUGUGGUGAG